UGUUGGACUCUCGGUGCCGGACGAUGCAUUCGGCUGGCGAUCCGCCCGGGGGAACCGGCCGUGCGCUGUCCGCCGCCAUUGCACUAUAGUGUGCUGGUUCAUAUAUAAGAGCGCGUGGCACGGGCCAAAGGAAUUUAGUGUGAGCCUGAUCUCGCUUCAAACGUUGCGCAGCAAACAGUGCGUGCAGGUCUACCCCGGUACUAUAAGUGCUUCGUGCCUUCCCCCGUAAGCUCUAGAGCAAGGAAGCACUGCAUCGCCACGAGGUGACCACUGUUUGGCGUGAUUUUUGGAGCCCGAAUCUCCCGUGUGCCCCUUCCCCCUCGUGAAUAGUGUGUGCCAGCAGCAGCCAGGUGGAUUCGUUGAUUCUUCAGUGUUUCGUUAUCUCACGAUCAGGAAAAUCAGGAACAUCACGCAGAAUGCCUGCCAACGGUGUGUGUAGUGUCGGGUUGGAGGUGAUCGAGGAUAAUGCGGCCACCUAUGCCAGCGGCUCGGACAGUGCCGGUGUCUCGGAGGAUGAAGAUGUGCAGCAGCUGUUCGUGAACGGUGCCGAUCGCGUUACGAGUGUGUCGUCCCUGCCCAAGAAGUCGACAGAGGCGCGCGGCAAGCUGUCGCAGCACGGGGACGAUGGCAAACCGGCGGUAGCGGAGAAGCGGUACGCGAGUCUGCCGAACCGUGAGCAGCACCAGCAAUUCCUGACGGAGUUCUUAACGGAGGUGCUCAAUUCGGCCGUCUUCAAUGCUACGGAUCGUUCGAACAAAGUGCUGAACUGGGUCGAUCCGGAGGAGCUAAAGCGUACGCUCGAUCUGGCGAUCAAGGACGAACCGGAUACGCACGAAAAGUUGCUGGAGCUGACGAGGGCCACCAUUCGGCAUUCGGUUAAGACGGGCCAUCCUUACUUCAUGAAUCAGCUGUUCUCGUCCGUCGAUCCGUACGGAUUCGCGGGUCAGGUGCUGACCGAUGCACUCAACCCAAGCGUGUACACGUUCGAGGUGUCGCCCGUGUUUGUGCUGAUGGAGGAGGUUGUGCUGCGCGAGAUGCGUUCGAUCGUGGGCUACCCCAACGGAGAAGGUGACGGAAUAUUCGCGCCCGGCGGUUCGAUGGCCAACGGGUACGCAAUUAGCUGCGCUCGCCACAAGUUCAUGCCUGACAUUAAGACGAAAGGAUUGCAUGCUCUUCCACGACUGGUUAUCUUCACAUCGGAAGACGCCCAUUACUCCGUCAAGAAGCUGGCCUCGUUUAUGGGUAUCGGUUCGGACAAUGUUUACGCCAUCAAGACGGACAGCAUUGGCAAAAUUCGGAUCGAACAUUUGGAAAGUGAAAUUUUACGUGCCAAAGCAGAGGGAGCGUUGCCGUUCAUGGUGUCGGCGACCGCAGGCACUACCGUCAUUGGUGCAUUCGAUCCACUGGAGCAGAUCGCCGACCUGUGCGCUAAGCACAACCUCUGGAUGCACGUCGAUGCGGCCUGGGGUGGUGGUGCACUGAUGUCCAAGAAGUAUCGUACCCUGCUCAAGGGAAUCGAAAGGUCCGAUUCGGUUACCUGGAACCCACACAAGCUGCUCGCCGCUCCACAGCAGUGCUCCACCCUGCUCACGCGCCACCGUAACAUCCUAUCCGAGUGCCACUCAACGAAUGCCACGUACCUGUUCCAGAAGGACAAAUUCUACGACACACGGUACGAUACCGGCGACAAGCACAUCCAGUGCGGCCGACGGGCCGAUGUGCUCAAGUUUUGGUUCAUGUGGCGGGCCAAGGGAACGGCCGGGUUCGAGCAGCACAUCGACAAGGUGUUCGAGAAUGCGGAACAUUUUACCAACAGUAUUAAGGCCCGGCCUGGCUUCGAGAUGGUCAUCGAGAAUCCCGAGUGCACGAACGUGUGCUUCUGGUAUGUGCCACCGGGGCUGCGCAGUGUACCGCGCGAUUCGUCCGAAUUCCGCGAACGGUUGCACAAGGUGGCGCCCAAGGUGAAGGAGCACAUGAUGAAGGAAGGGUCAAUGAUGAUCACGUACCAGCCGAUCCACGACAAGCCAAACUUUUUCCGGCUGGUGCUGCAAAACUCGUCCCUGGACAAAUCGGACAUGAACUACAUCAUCGACGAGAUUGAGCGAUUGGGCAAGGAUCUGUAGAUGCGGCAGCUACGCGCGAGUGCAGUCCUUGUUGUUUCCUAUUUGCUUAACUUAUUUUCCUUCUUUAUCACGUACAGAUGUAUUUAUUGAAAGCAUUCGUUACUAGCAGCUAAAUUGACAAAAAAAAAACUCGAAUCGAAACAAACAACCAGUGUCCAGUGAAUUUGUUUUCAGUCGUACAACAGAAGUGGAAGGAUGAAAGAGGAAUACAUCUUAUGCGCCACUGUAAGAGAUGGCGAGGGCGAUAGUGUUAAUGUAAAGUGGAUCCGUACAAGUGGAAUAGCAUCGAUAUCCACACUGGGUGUGAUGUUGUUCACUAAAGAAUACUUAUUUGUGCUAUAGUGUAAGCAUGUUUCAAUAUAUACCUAUUUUUAACAA